GCGAUCGUCGUGUGAAAAUGUGUGCAAGGACAGAAGAGUACGAGGAGGAACUUUGUGGCCCAAAAGAGGAGAAGGAGCCACAACGUCAACUACUGGACGCUGCGUUCAAUCUGCAGCCUCGAAUUGUGGUACACAGAGCAGACGUCAGUGAAAAUCUUCAUCCUGAGCGGCAGCAGUCAGUGUCCCCUCACAUCAAAGAAGAAGAGGAGGAUGAAGAGGUUCAACACAUCAAAGAGGAGGAGGAAGAGUUCCUUCACAUUAAAGAGGAAGAGCAGGAGGAAAUCACCCAGGUUCCAUCGACUGGUGUCACCAAACAGCAACAGUUCAAGUGAUGGAGACCACUGUGGAGGAUCACAAACAGACGGUGAUGAUGAUGAUGUUGAUGAUGAACAGUUGGAAGGUGAUAUGACAUGUCACACUUUCAAUAAAUGCUGGAAAUGUUCUAAAUGUAGGAAAACCUUUCCUUCUAAGAGCAAUUUCAAACAACACAUGAAAAUACACACUGGAGAGAAACAUUUUGCAUGCUCAGUUUGUGGUCAAAGAUUCUCUCAGAAGGGAACCUUAAAAAGUCACACAAGAACACACACUGGAGAGAAGCCCUUUGCCUGCUCAGUUUGUGGUCAAAGAUUCUCUCGAAAAGGACAUUUGACAAGCCACACAAGAACACACACUGGAGAGAAGCCCUUUGCCUGCUCAGUUUGUGGUCAAAGAUUCUCUCACAAGGAAAGCUUAAAUAGACACACAAGAACGCACACUGGUGACAAGCCUUUUGCCUGCUCAGUUUGUGGUCAAAGAUUCUCUCAAAGGGAACAUUUGACAAGUCACACAAGAACACACACUGGAGAGAAGCCCUUUGCCUGCUCAGUUUGUGGUCAAAGAUUCUCUCAGAAGGGAACCUUAAAAAGUCACACAAGAACACACACUGGAGAGAAGCCCUUUGCCUGCUCAGUUUGUGGUCAAAGAUUCUCUCGAAAAGGACAUUUGACAAGCCACACAAGAACACACACUGGUGAGAAACCUUUUGCCUGCUCAGUUUGUGGUCAAAGAUUCUCUCACAAGGAAAGCUUAAAAAGUCACACAAGAACACACACUGGAGAGAAGCCCUUUGCCUGCUCAGUUUGUGGUCAAAGAUUCUCUCGAAAAGGACAUUUGACAAGCCACACAAGAACACACACUGGAGAGAAGCCCUUUGCCUGCUCAGUUUGUGGUCAAAGGUUCUCUGAAAAGGGAACUUUAAUAAUACACACAAGAACCCACACUGGUGAGAAGCCUUUUGCCUGCUCAGUUUGUGGUCAAAGAUUCACUCACAAGGGACAUUUGACAGGUCACGCAAGAACACACACUGGAGAGAAGCCUUUUUCCUGCUCAGGUUGUGGUCAAAGAUUCACUCACAAUGGUCAUUUGACAGGUCACACAAGAACACACACCGGUGAGAAACCUUUUUCCUGCUCAGGUUGUGGUCAAAGAUUCUCUCGUAAGGCUCCGUUUAAGACACACAAGUGUCCUGGUGAGACAAGCAGUGAUCAAGAAGCUUUUAAUGGAAAUGUAAAUGUUUAAUAUAAAAGUAAUUACUAUGUUGCUGACAGAAAUCUACUUCCUUGUAUUCUGUGUAUCAGCUUUUAUUGUAUGUAUCUUCUUCUUGUCCAUAUAGUUUCUAAAAGCCCCGUGAGUGUUGAGAAUGAACACUGUUGCCAAAAUACUUAAAAGGGACUAGUUAAAGGUGGUGGGAAAGAGGGCGGCUGUGGAUCAGUAGAGCGGGUCGUCCAGUGACCGAAGGGUCGCCGGUUCGAACCCUGGCUCCGACUGUCCGUAUGUGGAAGUGUCCUUGGGCAAGACACCGAACCCUAAUUUGCUCCCAGUGAGCCUGGCAGCGCCUUGCACGGCAGCAGCCGCCCAGUGGUCAUCAGUGGAAUCAUUUACUGAUAAAAUAUUUGAUUUUCAGUCGCGUUGGAAAUCUCUGGCACGAGGCCGAUUCAAUACAUACAGUGGGUACUGAAAGUAUUCAGACCCCCUUCAAUUUUUCAGUUAUAUUGCAUCCAUUUGCUAAAAUCAUUGAGGUUAAUUUUUUCUCCUCCUUAAUGUACACACAGCACCCCAUAUUGACAGAAAAAAGCGGAAUUGUUGAAAUUUUUGCAGAUUUAUUAAAAAAGAAUAACUGAAAUAUCACACAGCCAUAAGUAUUCAGACCCUUUGCUCAGUUUUUAGUAGAAUCGCCCUUUUGAGCUAAUACAGCCAUGAGUCUUUUUGGGAAUGAUGCAACAAGUUUUUCACACCUGGAUCUCCUAAUCAAGUCCGAUCAGUAUAAUCAAACACAGCUGGACUCCAAUGAAGGUGUAGAACCAUUUGAAGGAUGAUCAGAAGAAAUGGACAGCACCCGAGUUAAAUAUAUGAGUGUCACAGCAAAGGGUCGGAAUACUUAUGGCUGUGUGAUAUUUCAGUUUUUCUUUUUUAAUAAAUCAGCAAAAAUUUCAACAAUGAUUUUUUUUUCUGUCAAUAUGGGGUGCUGUGUGUACAUUAAUGGGGGGAAAAAUUAAGUGAUUUUAGCAAAUGGUUGACAGCAAUGUAAGAUAUCCAACGUAAUACCAGCUUGAACAAGGCGGUGUUUGGAAACUCAAGCAAUUUCCUGAAAAGUUGUCAUUUUGAAGGUGAGGGGAUUCCACCUGACAGCUGCGAUAUACAAAUAUGACCAAUUACUGCCACUUCAUAGUAUGGUACAUUCCUUUUCCCACACCAGCUAUGCCAGUGCUUUUCAAUUUUCAAUUUUGUUGAUGAAAAAGGGGUGUUCGAAAGGGAAUUAGUUCUUUACCAAUUGCUCCAAAAUGUAUUGAUAUUAUUGGAAAUGAGUGCCAGUUUCAUUUUUUUGAGCAUGCAUGCAUUUUGUCCAAUGUUUUAGUGAUGUCAAUAUCAAAUAAGUGAAUGAUUGAUUGAAAUAGACUGUAAAAAAAUGACUUUUGGUGCUAAACUGUAACGUGUAUAUGUGAUCCUGAUUAAAGUACACUGCUUAAAACAGU